AUGGACAGAAUAUACGCUGGAGCCUACGUAACGGUUGUCGCCUGUGUAGGAGAAGAUGCAGACUACGGCCUUCCGGGCGUUUCUCGCAGAAGAGAAGUACAGCCGUGCGCCAUGUUACCUGAAUUCAACCUCGCCGCUUCCUUGCCACCACUGUCCACCGCAAUGAGGAAUUCCAAGCGGAUGACUCGCGGUUGGACUUACCAAGAAGCAAUGCUCUCCCGCAGAUGUCUCUUCUUCACCAACAAGCAAGUCUAUUUUGUCUGUCCCAACAUGGGCUGCUGCGAGUCGUUGCUGGUGCACAGUAGCGCUAGACAGUCAUAUCACGACGAUCCAUGGCAGGUCCACACAAGUCUCAGUACAAAGAUGUUCGAGGAAGACUCGUAUGCACAACUCAGCCGGAAUCUGUGGAAACACCACACCGAUCCAAGUGUGCUACAUUUUGGAGAGCUCAUGAAUCACUUCUUGCAGUAUAUCCCGCGGCAGUUGACGCACCAAGAAGACAUUCUAGAUGCGUUCCAUGGCCUGCUAAAUCGCUCUUCAUUCUACAGCUACUACGGAGUUGUCAUCGCCUUAGCGGGCAACCCCAUUGCGCCUGGAGAGUUCGAGCAUGGGUUUAUCCGCGGACUCUUCUGGACAACGGUGCCGGAUCUCCAACGUUGA